UUGAAGAGGUCGGAACCAGCAUCUCCACCCAAGAAAGGCUCUGAUGGCCAGCAACAACACCACCAGCAUAGCACAAGCAAGGAAGCAGGUGGAACAGCUCAAAAUGGAGGCAAAUAUCGACAGAAUAAAGGUAUCCAAAGCUGCAGCAGACCUGAUGGCGUACUGUGAAGCCCAUGCCAAGGAAGACCCCUUAUUAACUCCUGUCCCUGCUUCAGAAAAUCCAUUUAGAGAGAAGAAGUUCUUCUGUGCCAUUCUGUAAACCUCACAGGAGCCUGACUCCAAUUUGGGCUGCCCUGGACACUGAUGUAGAGAUUUUUCAGCAACGUGGACCAGUUUCUAGAGUCCACUUACUUUAAGAAAAAUAUAUCAAACCACCUGAAAGUUUACAGAGAAGUGCAUGAUAAAAAAAAAGUGAAUUCCUGCCUUCUUUGGAGAACGAGUUAAUAACGAUGUUGACCUACAUCAAGAAGCUAAAGAUCUUGACAUCUGCAGAGUUGCCUGGAGGAGGAGGAGGGAGGGGGGAAAUGUGUAAAAGAGUACAUUUAAUUUUCACUUUUGCUCUAGCCAAACCAAACCCUGUUGUCUUUCUCUGAAACAAAAAUGAGGGUGCGCAGAGCAAGGUUGCAAAUGAUGCAAUGGGGUAUGUGUAUGUAACCUCGAUUAUUUUGUUUUGCUUUCCCCAAAUGUCACUCUUAUUUAUGUUGAAAUGUAAAAUAAUUGCAAUGGGUUCAAUUUAUUCUAACGUUCCUUAGUGUGGAGUAUUGUGUGUAUUUAGCAUUUUAGAGUAGUGCCACACGAGGGGGCGGGGUGGGCAGGGAUCCAAUUGCAGUAGCCUGUCAGUCUAAACAUUUUAUCAAAGGUUUAGUUGAGACCGUCUCCUUGCUUUUCACAAGCCUACGGGCUGUCUUGUGCAUUCCUAGCAUACUUAGUAUUGCUGUUUUCUAACAUUUGUAUUUGGUAGCUUUUGUUCUGCUAGUAAAAUGUAUGUUGUAUUG